GACAGUCCGGUGGAAAAUACCGAUUGCGAAACAACACAUAAAUGCAAAUAUAUAUAUAUACCUGAUAGGUAGGGUCUUAUCUCAGUUAAAACUAGAUCAGAAUGGCGGUGAAGAAUGCUCCGUUAGUUUUUCUCGGUGUUAUAUGGCUUGCGACAGUGUGUCUGGCAUCACGUUGUACUUACAGAACCUUGUUUAGCCGCUCUGUUACCAUAUACUGUGACCAUGGAUGUUGUGCUUCAAAAAUUAACAUCAAUGAUUACAAGAAAGAGGAUAUAUGUUGUCCACCGCCGUCUCCAACACAGAUCGGCGCCAUUGUGGGAGGGAUUCUGGGUGGAAUCGCUAUUCUCGUCCUAUUUUUGGUUUGUUGUGUUUGCUGUUUGAAGAAGGCAGCCGAAGCACGACGACCGAACGCCAACAGCCCCAACCAGCAUAUCGCAGUCAUUAUGACGUCAUCGCCGCCAACCGUAACUACCAACCCGUGUUAUGCGGCCCCUCCACCGUAUAAUCAGGUUGUUUCUAACAAUACAGGACCAGCGAAUCCACACGUGAACCCCGCAUACGACAACAAGGUCUAAGCACUGGAACCCGUAACCCGGUGCAUGUAACACAACUGGAGACUACAACAGAACGGAACCGAGAUGCUGUGAACAAUAUGAUAUACAAUGUACAAAUUAUUUGUUUAAAAAACAAAAGAAGAGCUAGCUUCUGAGAACACCAGGUGGUUUUUUUCACAAUCAAAUAGCAUUCUAAAUUUGUAAACAUUUGGUCUACUUAAAGAAAAGGACAACAUA